UGGAGUAGUAUGGCCUGCAGUUCCUCUUCUGCCCCGCUAAGCUUAUUGUUCGUUUCGUAUCUCGGCUCUUUCGGACUGUGGUAGAGUCUGACUAAUGGAAGGUCGAACUUUAGAGAGAACUCUAACAAAAAAGACCCGUCCUGGGCCUGGUGCCGGCGAGGACGCCUGUGUUGUGAAGCGGACCGAACCUCCCAGCCGCCUGGGUAGAAGCCAGUCAGGGCCCAGCUCCCAGCCAAGCAGGGACCCCGGCGGCCUAGGGCGAACACACGUAUAGAGGAUCAUACACUGUGUUUUUGUGGUGGACCAUUUGCUUUGCUUUCUGCCAACCACCGUUGGGCUAUGUCUGAACCCUCCAGUAUCUUAGAUCCUGCUGUUUCAGAACAGCUCUGAACAUUCUGCCCUUUGGGACCCUCAUUCAUCCUCCUGACGUCCCGGCCUCGAUCCUCGGCUGUUGACAGUGGGAGUGGAGGUGGCGGAGGGGGGGGGGUGCAGGAGACACGAAAAACAAAAUUAGGCACCUCGAACAGCCAAGCACGGGUGAAGCAGGGAGUAGGUACUGAAGAGAAGACCCCCUGGACUAAGUAGGUCGGGGAAACCAGGGUCGUGCUCAGGGACACCUGGCAUGAGAUCACUGGUUCCAUCCGGAGUAAGGAGCUCAAUUCAGGCGGGACUCCAGAAAUGGUGAGAGAGGAACCACGAUACCCAGGAUCACAGAAAUUUCAGGCAACUCCAGGGUGGUUUAUACUUUUAUCUCUAAUGCAUCCGGAAUGUCUUCCCAUGAUGGCUGAGAUGAUUUCAGAAGGGAAAGGAGUCAUUGAAAAAACUCCAGCUGUCACCUCGGGCGCACCAGUAACCGAUGCCAGGGUCCUGAGCAGCAGAUGUUCACAAGUGCUGGGUUCUGUCACCGUGGCCACUGCAGUCACCAGUAAGGAAGCUGAGCCACCUCUGCUGCCAUGCCGGCCACCAACCAGGGCUGGCCCGAGGACUUCGGCUUCCGGCUGGGCGGCUCUGGCCCCUGCUUCGUCCUGGAGGUGAUGGAGGGGAGCAGCGCGCACGCCGGGGGGCUGCGGCCCGGGGACCAGAUCCUGGAGGUGGAGGGGCUCGCUGUGGGUGGCCUGAGCCGCGAGCGCCUCGUGCGCCUGGCCCGGCGCUGCCCACGCGUGCCUCCCAGCCUGGGGGUGCUCCCAGGCCCAAACGGUGGCUCUGGCGCGGAAUCCGGCCUAGAGCCCGCGACCACAGUCUUGCGGCCCCCGCGCCACGGCCGCGGCCUCUCCUUGGGCCGUGAGCUGCUGCGCCUCGCAGGCCGCAAGCGCCCUGACGCGGUGCACCGGGAACGCAGGCGCAAGGCCCAGGAAUUCAGCCGCAAGGUGGACGAAAUCCUGAGGGACCAGCCGGCUGCCAAGGAGCAGGUGUUCGCUGCACUGAAGCAGUUUGCAGCCGAGCAGCGGGUGGAUGACCUGGUGUGGGCACUCACCCUGGCACUGCCCCGCGAGGCCCGGGGACCACUCCUGGACAACCUCAGGAUCUUCAUCCCCAAGAAGCACCGGGCGCGCUUCGACGAGGUGGUGUCGCAGGGUCUGCUGGGCAAGCUGUGCCGCGCCCGGCGGGCGCAGAGCGCGCAGAGGUUGCGUCGGAGCCGCAGCGAGGAGCGGCCGGAGCGCCUUCUGGUGUCCACGCGCGCCAGUGCCGCCCCGCGCCGCCCAGACGAGCCACCCCCGCGCAAGGCAGCCUCGCUGCUGGGCUGCCGCGCAGGCACCGGGGGCGCACGCAGGACAGUCCGGGUCUACAAGGGCAGCAAGAGCUUCGGCUUCACGCUCCGUGGCCAUGGGCCUGUCUGGAUCGAAUCCGUCCUGCCUGGGAGCCCAGCUGACAAUGCUUCCCUCAGGUCAGGUGACCGGAUCCUCUUCCUCAAUGGACUGGACAUGAGGAACUGCUCCCACGACAAGGUGGUGUCCAUGCUGCAGGGCAGUGGUGCGAUGCCCACACUGGUGGUGGAGGAGGGGCCUGUCCCGUUCACCAGCGACUCCGAUUCUUUGGAUUCCCCCAACCCGUCGUCGGCACUCACCUCCUUGCAGUGGGUGGCGGAGAUCCUGCCAUCCAGCAUCCGAGUGCAGGGGAGGACUUUCAGCCAGCAGCUGGAGCACCUGCUCACGCCUCCCGAGCGCUACGGCAUCUGCCGGGCCCUCGAGAGCUUCUUCCAGCACAGGAACAUCGACACCCUCAUCGUCGAUGUCUACCCUGUGCUGGACACACCUUCCAAGCAGGUGCUUUGGCAGUUCAUCUACCAGCUGCUGACUUACGAGGAGCAGGAGCUCUGCCAGGAGAAAAUCGCAUGCUUCCUCGGCUACACGGCCAUGACAGAGCCCGAGCCCUCGCUGGACCUGGAGUCUGAGCCUGAACCUGAGCCCGAGCAGGUGCCUGAGCCCCAGCCGCGGAGCUCCCUGAGGGCCUCCUCUAUGUGCCGCCGCAGCCUCCGGGCCCAGGAGGCCAGUUUGGGCUGCGGUCCCAGUGACUGCCCCGAGAUGCCUCUUCCUCUGAUCCCAGGCGAGCGCCAGGCGGGCGAUGGCACCUCCCUCCCUGAGACACCCAAUCCCAAAAUGAUGUCGGCUGUCUAUGCAGAGCUGGAGUCCCGGCUGAGCAGCAGCUUCAAAGGGAAGAGGGGGAGCACAUCGAGAUCCCGUGCCUCCCCACCAGUGCCCAGCCCGGCGGGCACAGCAGGGCCCAGGACCCUGUCCAGUGUCUCGUGGCCCAGCGAGCGGCUCCUGCCCUCCCCCUGCUACUACCCGCUGUGCUCGGGAGAACCAGCCUCCCCCAGCAGCUCCGAGUCCCACCCCUACGCCAGCUUGGACAGCAGCAGGGCGCCCUCCCCACAGCCAAGCCCCGGGCCCAUCCACUCCGACAGCCCCCCGAGCCCGGACCUUGCCCGCCAGCCCAGCCGCAGGAAGCUCUUCACCUUCUCCCGGCCUGUGCGAAGCCGGGAUACCGACCGCUUCCUGGACGCCCUGAGUGAGCAGCUGGGCCCCCGGGUCACCAUCGUGGAUGAUUUCCUGAGCCCCGAGAAUGACUAUGAGGAGCCCCCACCGCCCCUGCCCCCACCCGUGCCCUGUGCACCCCCCAUGCUGUCGCGGGGCCUGAGCCACCGCCGCAGCGAGACCAGCCACAUGAGCGUCAAGCGCCUGCGGUGGGAGCAGGUGGAGAACUCGGAAGGCACCAUCUGGGGUCAGCUUGGGGAGGACUCUGACUAUGAUAAGCUCAGCGACAUGGUGAAAUACCUUGACCUGGAGCUCCACUUUGGCACCCAGAAACCUGCUAAGCCAGUGCCUGGGCCUGAGCCCUUCAGGAAGAAGGAGGUGGUGGAGAUCCUCUCCCACAAGAAGGCCUACAACACCUCCAUCCUGCUGGCGCACCUGAAGCUGAGCCCCGGGGAGCUGCGGCAGGUGCUCAUGAGCAUGGAGCCCCGGCGCCUGGAGCCCGCGCACCUGGCGCAGCUGCUGCUCUUCGCGCCCGACGCCGACGAGGAGCUGCGCUACCAGGCCUUCCGCGAGGCGCCCGGCCGCCUCAGCGAGCCCGACCAGUUUGUCCUGCAGAUGCUGUCCGUUCCCGAGUACAAGACCCGCCUGCGCAGCCUCCACUUCCAGGCCACCCUGCAGGAGAAGACAGAAGAGAUCCGGGGCAGCCUGGAGUGUUUGCGCCAGGCCUCCCUCGAGCUCAAGAACAGCCGGAAGCUCGCCAAGAUCCUGGAGUUUGUGUUGGCCAUGGGCAACUAUCUCAACGAUGGACAGCCCAAAACCAACAAGACCACGGGCUUCAAAAUCAACUUCCUGACGGAGCUGAACUCCACCAAGACGGUGGACGGGAAGUCCACCUUCCUGCACAUCCUUGCCAAAUCACUGAGCCAGCACUUCCCUGAACUCCUGGGCUUUGCUCAGGACCUACCCACCGUGCCCCUGGCUGCCAAAGUGAACCAACGGGCCCUGACCAGUGACCUGGCUGACCUCCACGGCACCAUCAGUGAGAUACAGACUGCCUGCCAGAGCAUGUCCCCCUCUAGCGAAGACAAGUUUGCCAUGGUCAUGACGUCGUUCCUGGAGAUGGCCCAGCCGGUGCUACGGGCGCUGGACGGGCUGCAGCGUGAGGCCAUGGAGGAGCUGGGCAAGGCGCUGGCCUUCUUCGGGGAGGAUUCCAAAGCCACCACCUCCGAGGCCUUCUUCGGCAUCUUUGCGGAGUUCAUGAGCAAGUUCGAGCGAGCUCUCAGUGACCUGCAGGCCGGGGAAGGUGCUCGCAGCUCAGGGAUGGCUUCACCCCUGGCCUGGUGACAGCAAUGGCCCCGAGCGCACUGGAGUGCACCUGCCUGGGGUUUGGGCUGCGCCUGGCCCUCGCCUGCCUCCUGCCUGGCACCUUGGGCCACUGCGCCCACUGCACCUGCAUCUCCAGCUACCUCAGCCAUUGAGCUCCAGACCCCGCGAAGGUGUGGGGCUCGGCCAUGUACCCCUCUCCAGGCCAAGCCCUGGCUCUGAGCGCUGGGGGUACGGGGCAGGAGCAGACACACUGACUCCCCAGGAAGGUGAACCUCAGCUGCCAAUGGGCACUGGUCCACCGCACGCAGGUCUGGCUGUACCCUGCACAUUGUGAGCCUCCUGCGCCUUGUGCCCGCCUGGCUCCUGGGCCUGCACGCAGGUGCUGCCUGUGCACACCUCAAGACGUCUAGGGCGGGGACCUGGGGAGGGAUGGUGGGCUGAGAUCAGCAGGUGGCUUGAAAAAUGGCCAUGGCCCUGGGACAGUGUCUGCUGUCUAUUCCUCCACCGCUUGGCCAGAGCUCACGGGGCGGGAAAGAAGGACAUUUGAGCCUCAUUUCUGAGCCUGCUCCAAACGGGCCCCUGGGGGCGCCAUAGUGGAGUACGGACCUUGUAAAGGAGGCAGAUGCCCUUGAACAUGUCACACCAGGGGGCAUUAUAAGGCCUGGAGGUCCCUCGCCCAGCCCAGGCCUCCUGGGGCUGCUCUGAAGAAAGCAGGCAGGCAGGCAGGCAGGACGGAGAGCCGCUAGUCCGCACCUAGCCUGGGACUUGGAAGCUGGAAGAAACUGCAUUUGGCUGUCGCCCAGAAGUGGGGCAGGUAGGAGAGAAGCAGGGGAGAGAAACAGAGAGGACUGGAUGAGGAAGACCCUCUAUGCCAGACUGCAGAAUUGAGGUGUGUAUUCAGUAGACAAACUUAAAUCCGGUUUAGACGUGGUCAGUAUGAAGUGGGGAGUCUGGGAGUGGGACGGGGGUUGUCAAGGUAGGAAAUGGAGAGAACGGCGAGAUUCAGGUGGAGGAUGAGCAGGAUUUGGUGGCCGAUUACUGGGUGGGUGGUGAUGACGGUCCCUGGAACAGGUCCUGCAAGUAGAGCAGACUUAGGGGCAGAUGACACAAUCUAGGACGCAUUUGGGAUCCCAGAGGCCAUUUGAAUAUGUGUCUGGAGCCGCUGGUGAGGACGGCAUAGAGGAGAGAGUCACUUGGGUGCUGGGAGGCAGCAGGGGAAGCUGUGGACCGGGAGGGUGUGUUAACUCCUUUCGUCCUUUCCACACUCCGGUUGGCAGCUCCGGGCAUCAGACAGCUUCUUUUUUUACCUCUUUCCUUGCCUUCCUUCCAGGGAAGCCUGAAAUGGGCUUUACACACGGUUCUGGACCGAAUGGCUAAUGUUGCUCCAGGGCAGUGUUUAGGGCCCAUUCAGCUCUUCCCAGCCUCCCACGGGCUCUUCUUUGAAGCCAUGUAUGUUCUUUUGUUCCCCACUCAUAGCCACCAUAAAAAUGUCUAAACCAUAAUGUAUAAUUCAAAGGUGGGGGUGGCGGAUAUGCCCAGGUGUGGCUCGUGGUUUACGUUUCUCCCCCCGCAGGUCCAUUUGGAUAAUUUCCAUAAGUUUCCAAAGCCUGCGUCUCUGAGAAACAUGGCAGGAGGCCAGUUAAUACCCACGCAAGAUCCGUAAAGAUUAUAGACUCUACCAGGCUGUAAAACGGUGGGAUCCCACAGCCCAGGUAGCCCAUAUGGCAUUCUCCUGCAAGUUAGAAACACAUGCCCUCACCAGGUAGGUCCAGCCCCGUGCCAGGGGGCACAGAUUGGCAAGCCAAGCACUAGCUAGGUUUUCUUUCUAACUCGCCUUGUAUUGGUUAUCUAUCUGCCACACAAUGCCGUGUACCAGUCUGUCCCAAAGCUCGGGUGCUUGAAAUGGCAGCCACUUAUGCUCGUGACUCUGUGGGUCACCUGGCAGUAAGGAUGAGCUGGGCUAAGUGGAUCCACUCAUGUAUCUGCCGUCAUCUGUGAGUCAGUGAGACAGCUUUGCUAAUCAGGGCUCUCCUGUGUCUGGGGCCUUGGCUGGGUCAGCUGGCGUGGCAUUCUGUGGCCUCUCAGCCACCAGCCAGGUGGCCAGGAUCAUUCACAUGGUGGAGGCAGGGGUCUGAGAGAACAAGCAAAGGCACAGAAAGACCCCCUUGGGGCCUGAGCUCAGAGCCGGCACACAAUCCCUUUCACCACAGUCUGGUGUCAGAGUAAGUGACAAAGCCAGCCCAGCACCUGGGGGAAAGGAAAUAGGCUCCACCCUUGAUGAGAGAUGCUGUAAAGUCACAUUAAGAGGAUACGGAUUCAGAAUGGGUGGAGAAUUAGGGCCACUUUUGCAUUCAACCUACCACAUGCCUCCUUGAUCAGGCACCAUGGUUCAGACCCCAGCCUCCUUAAAAUCCUCAGUGCCCCGGGUCCUCCCUGGACCCAGCACAGCUCGGGUACCCAUCUUCCUGUGUCCUCCAGGUGGCAUGCUUCUUGUUCUCACCUAGUCACCCAUGAGUGACCGGACACCUCUCUAGAUACACUCAGUCCAGUGGGCAGCAGUGGUCUGUGCCUGCCUAGCAACCAGUCUCCCCUAUGCUGGAGAAAGUUCCCUGGUUUUUCUUUGGGAAAUUAUCCCUCCCCUACUUCCAGGCCCUGGAGAGGUGCCAACUGGAUAAGGAUGGUCUUAUGACUCUGGCUGGGUUGCUCAGGGUCAAUUCAAGACUCAAGUUAGAACGGUUUGGAAAGGGAGACUUCCUUUCUUCUGGAUGAAUUGCUGGGCGUUUAGAGGGUGGGAGCCUGGAGUGCACCUGCCUGAGUGUAAAGCCAAUACAGGAGAGCAGAAGAGAGAUCACGCCAUAUGUCUCUUUGUCCCUGGAUCCAACUGUGCCUGAAGUAGGCUUCUGGACUUGUCAGUUUCCAAGCCACCAAAUUCCCCUUCCAUUUUAAAACUUUAUUUUAAUUUUUUGGCUGAGGCUGGUUUGAAUGGGUUUCUGUCACUUGCAGCACUAAGAGGGUUGACUCAUGCACCGAUCAACAGAUAGUUAUAGAUGUUCAGUCUUUUAACGUUCUCAAUGAACUCUCUUCAGUUGUGAACACAUUCGCCAAUACGCUUUGACUGCCUACUAUGUGCCAGGCAUAGUGCUUGCUGGGUGCAGACACCUUAUGGGUCAGCCUCUCUGAAUUUGGUUUCCUAGGGUUGUAUUUCAUGGUGGUCCUACACGAGUCAGUACAAGGCCCUGCACAUGAGCCAAUAUGGGCGCUGUGUGUGCCUCCACCAACCCGUCACCAAAUGACAAGGUGUGAAUGCAAGCACUUUGCCCCGGGGAUUACUAAUCUCUCAGUAAUGCUAAGAAAAUGACAGCCUAAUUCCACAUCAGUCCGUGGUUCCUAGGUAGUGUGCGCAGUGGUUUUUCACAUUUCAUUUCAUGUUAUGUUCACACCGACUCUCUGAGGUAGGUUCUGUUAUCUCCUUUUUACAAAUAAAAAGUCUGACACUCAGGAAAGUUAUGCAACUUGCUGGAUCAAACACUUGGGUCUGCCUAAAUCUACAGCCCAUCCUCUGAGUGGCAAUAUCUUCUCUGUUUUGCAUACUAUGUUUUUUGUUUUACUAUCAGUGUUCCAGGGUCUACAGAUGCUGGUGACUUCAGCACAAAGUCCUUACCUCUUUUCUUACCACUUCCUGUUUCUUCCUGUAUUAGUCUGCUCAGACGAUGGUAACAGAAUGCCACAGACUGGGUGGCUUAACAAACAGGAACUUAUUUUCUCACUGUUCUGGAGGCUGGAAGUCCAAGAUUGAGGUGUUGGCAGUCUUGGUUUUUCCUGAGGCUGCUUUUCUCUCCCGUCAUCAUCUGAACCUGCUAUUGCCCCUGACAAGCAGCUGCAGGGAGAGCUUGUUGUCCUUAUCUUAACUGACCUUUAUUAAAGUAGCACAGGGCACUGUGUACCCUCCCUUUGCAAAUUCUCACACACCCAGGCUUCAGCUACCAGCUGUCUACUUUCCAAUAACCCUGUCAUCAACUUCAUUUUUUUUUUUUUU